AUGAUGAUCACGAAUCCUCUGGCAUAUAUCCUUGUGCUUUUUUCCUGUAUUCCAUUGCUGGAGUUGGUAUGUUUUCUGUUAAUUUUCGAUAUAUUUGAAUCAUUAUUUACCGAAGGAUUCGCAAAUAAUGAUCGCAACAGACCGCAUGAGAUAUCGGGUGAGCCAAUAAGCGUCGCAAUUGGUGUAGGCGCUGUUGCAACUUUGUUAGGAAGUGGAUUUUUGAGUUAUUUUACACGGUGUAAAUUUUUCGAAUGCUGCGAUCGGAAGUGGGUGGAAGCAAACGAUUCCGGUUUGCGACAUGCGAUGCGUACACGCUUGUAUGGACAGCAUCUUGCCAAGGAAACACUCAUAACCGCUGCAGUGGCGCACUGGAACAAUCCGUAG